AUGAACGGUCUAGUUGUAAAAAAGACACAAAGCACUCUGGGCAAAGUGAUAAAGAAACCUGCUCUCACUGAAAAACUGCUCAGCAAGCCACCGUUUCGAUACCUGCACGACAUUUUUACUGAGAUCAUUAGGACCACUGGCUUUAUGAAAGGCUUGUACAAAGAGAACGAAUUGAAGUCAGAAUGUAUCAAGGACAAGGAGAUGAAGAUGGCAUUCCUUCAGAAAGCAAUAGAUGUUGUGGCACUGGUGACUGGAGAGCCCCUCACCGUGAGACCAGCACAUAUUGUUGCCGGUCAUGAGCCCGAAAAGACCAAUGAGCUGCUGCAGGCCAUUGCCAAGUGCUGCCUCAACAAGGUGUCCAGUAAAGAGGCAGUGAAGCGAGUUCUUGGAGGAGAGAGGCUGGACGUGAGAGCCAAGGAGAGCGCGUUCAAAUCCCAAGACAAGGACACAGUGGAUGGACGCGAACCCCACCCGGACAGAGAGGAGAAGAAGAUGGUUGAACACAACGAGUGCAGGGUAGAGAAGGAGCGAGAGCAGUCCAGGGAGCAGGAGAGGCCACGUCGAGAUGGUGAGAAGGAACACCGCCAUGACAGAGAGCGUUCUGCCAAGAACCACCGCCGUGAACAGGACCCCGCUAAAGACGGCGAGCAAGACAAGUGUCGCAAACGCGAGCGAGACAAGGAUCAUGACAAUGCACAAAGCAAUGCAAGGGAGUGGGAAAAGGAGAAGGAUAAAGGUCAAGAGAAGGAAAGCAGCAAGAGGGAAAAAGUAACAAGCGCAGAGAACAGUCAGCAGGCACGGAGUCCCCCUUACAAGGAAAGUGGAGAUGCUGCAGUUUCCUCACUUUCGUCUGACGUGCCCCCCAGGUCUGUAGCGACAACGCCAAAGUUCCGAUUCGGAAUCGAGCCAGUUCAAUCGAUGCAUCUUAUGUCGUGUAGCAAUAACCGCACGGUGCGGCCCAGCGGUGCUCGUCCGGCUCCUCCUCGAAUCAAGAAACAGGAGAGCUUCACCGAAGGGGUUCCAGCCGAGAGGCUUUCUAGUGCCAAGCCUUCAGUCAUCAGAGAGGGGAAGAAGCUGUCUGCUGAUGAGGAUGAGGAAGACGAGCAGUUUCUUGUGGCAGAGGCGGCCCCUGAACCCGCAGAUGCUCCGGAAACGGAACCUGCACAAGAGCUCAGUCGUGAAGAAAAACACGGUGUACUUGUGAAAAAGAUCCUCGAGACAAAAAAAGACUACGAGUCGUCACCAUGCUCCAAUAAAUUAAAAGAGCUGUUGUCAGAGGAAGCCCGGAAGAAAGAGCAGGACCUGGUCACGCGGGAGAUAGAGCGGCUGCGUGCGUCCAUCCAGUCGGUGUGUCAGAGCGCGCUGCCUUUAGGGAAGAUCAUGGACUAUGUGCAGGAGGACAUAGACGCCAUGCAAGCGGAGCUCCAAAGUUGGCGGAAGGAGAACAAGGAACAUGCGCAGGUUUUGCUGCAGGAGCAGAAAGUGACAGAGCAGGCAGUCGAACCUCUCAAGGCAGAACUGGGAGAGCUUGAUCAGCAGAUGAAAGACUACCAGGACAAAAUUUGUGCUGUGAGGUCCAACAUAAUAAUGAAUGAGGAGAACAUCCAGAAGAAGUUAGCAGCAAUUAUCUCUUCCAGAUCCUGA